AUGUCGUUUGAUAUCACUUUUCUAGGAUCAUCAGGCGGAUGUUUGGACGGCACUACAUGCGCCGUAUUGGUCAAGCCUCAUCUGAUAACCUACAAAGAAAUAAUUACCCAACAACGGUUCGACGAUAUAAUUUGUGUCGACGCUGGCAGUGGACUUAACAUGUUGGGACACAUAAUACAUCAUGAAAUUGCCCAUAAUUCUCCAUACCAGAGUGGUCUAGACCUCUACAAUGACCUGCUUCCGGUGCAAAAAUACAUCAAACCCGAAAUUAUUACCCCGUUCAGCACCCUCAAUGCGUCGGAAUCCCCUCUCAAGCACGCAUUUGGAAUUUUCCAUCGGGUCUCGGCAUACUUAAUCUCGCAUCCGCAUCUCGAUCACAUUGCUUCCUUAGCCAUCAAUUCGCCGGCGUUUUCUAAUAAUAGCUCACGCCAAGUAUACGGGGCGCUGCACACCCUCUCGGCGCUCCAGGACCAUGUUUUUAAUGGUGUCAUAUGGCCAAACAUGCCCAAGUUCAAUGUGGUCAAACUUCACAGCCAGAAGUAUUGGAAACCGUUUUCCAUAGCCAACGGUAAUUUCACCGUCAACAUGUUCGACAUCAGCCAUGGAAAACUCAUAAAACUGAACAAUGUGAGCAAUCUGGACAAGCUCGUGCCGUUAAAGGAGUCCGAUAUCGACGGAAACCUCGAUAUAAAACACUACAUUUCCUCGGCGUUCUUGAUCACAAUUCCGUCUACCAACGCAAGUCUCUUGGUGUUCGGCGACUUUGAGUCCGAUUCCAUAUCGCUCUUGAACAAGAACCUCACUAUCUGGCGCCAUAUAGCUCCGCUCAUUGUUUCCCAUCAACUAAAAGGAAUAAUUUUAGAGUGUUCAUCGUCAGGAGAUUGUGAUCCCGACGAACUUUACGGUCAUUUGAUGCCUUGUCACUUGAUAGCAGAGCUCGAAAAGUUACGAGCUGAGUGUCUCAGUAUUGAUCCGUCGCUGGAAUCACCAUUGAGCGGUUUCCAUAUCGUGGUGACCCAUGUCAAAGACGUGGGAUAUGUCGACCCUCGACGCCGAAUUCUCAACGAACUCGAACAACUCUCCCAACAAGCCCAGUUGGGCAUUCAAUUCUCGGUGGCUAUUUCCGGUGUAUCCAUUGUAUUAUAG